UCCGCUGGGAAGAAUCAUUUGCAGUCUCAAUCUCAAAACAGGCUGUGCAGCUGAACUGGGGCUUUUGUAGGGCUUAGAUUCUCCAUAUCUUUCACUAUGAGUUGCGGUGUUAAGGGUGGUGGCGGUGGAGGCAGCGGUGGCGGAAGCUGCAAAAUCAUUGGUGGUGGAGGUAGCGGGGGCAGCAGCGGCGGCGGCGGUAGAAGUAUCAAAAUCACAAGCUCAUCCUCCAGGUCCUCCAGAGGGUUUUCUGGUGGUAGUUAUGGCGGAGGAGGAUCUAGAAGUGGCUAUGGAGGAGGAGGUUUCAGCAGUGGCAGCUGUGGAAGGAUAAGCAGAGGGAGAAUAAGCUAUGCCGGCAGCAGCUAUGGCGGUGGCUAUGGUGGUGGUUAUGGCGGUGGAAGCUAUGGUGGCGGAAGUUAUGGUGGUGGAAGUUAUGGUGGUGGAAGCUAUGGCGGUGGAAGCUAUGGUGGUGGAAGCUAUGGCGGCAUGGGCUAUGGCGGUGGAGGCUAUGGCGGAGGCAGCUACCCAUUCAGCAGUGGCAGCUUCGGUAUCGGCGGUGGUGAGGGAGGCCUCUUCAACACCAACGAAAAGUCCACCAUGCAACACCUUAAUGACCGCCUGGCUAAUUACAUAGAUCAGGUGAAACGCCUGGAAGAUGAAAAUGAUCAGCUUGAGGUCUUGAUCAGAGAGUGGUACCAGAAGCAUGGAACCGUAGCUGGACCAAGGGACUACAGCCAAUAUUACCAGCAAAUUGACCAGCUCUACAAUGAGCUUAUUGGUGAAACAGAUGAUUACAACAAAAUCCUUCUGAAUAUUGAUAACACCAGGAUGACUGCUGAAGAUUUUAAAAUGAAGUACCAGACUGAAUUAGGUCUCCAUCAGAACGUGGAGGCUGAUAUCAAUGGGCUGCGCCCCCUCUUGGAUCAGCUGACUCUUGCCAAGUCUGACCUGGAGAUGCAGUUUGAGUCUCUGAGAGAGGAGCUGAUCUGCCUCAAGAAGAACCAUGAGGAGACCCUGAGAGGCCUGAGAAACCAGCGUGGUGGCGAUGUGAACGUUGAGGUGGACUCUGCCCCUGGUGCGGACCUGAAACAACGUCUUGAUCAGCUCAGGGCUGAAUAUGAAAGAAUCAUCGCAGACAACCGCAGAGAGGUGGAACAGUGGUACGAAUCCAAGAUGGAGGAGGUUCGCCAGCAGGUCAAUUCAAGUGGGCAGGAGAUAAAUACCGGCAACCAGCAAGUCUCAGAACUGAGACGAGAAUAUCAGACCCUGGAGAUUGAGCUGCAAUCCCAACUCAGCAUGAUCCAGUCUCUGCAAAGCAACUUGGCCGACACAGAGCGUCGGUACAACAUGCAGCUGCAACAGAUUCAGGUCAUGAUUGAACCAAUCGAAUCAGAGCUCGGCAGCAUCCGAUGCGAGAUCGAGAGCCAGAGCCAGGAGUACCAGCUGCUCCUUGGCAUCAAGACUCGCCUGGAACAGGAGAUCUGCCAGUACCGCCGGCUGCUUGAGGAAGGACAGCAAGAAAUUAGCUCAUCAGGAGGAGGAGGAGGAGGAGGAUACGGAGGUGGCUACGGAGGUGGUAGAAGGGGAAGCAUCGGCAGAAUUGGCGGAGGAGGCAUGGGCGGCGGAAGCAUUGGUGGCGGAAGCAUUGGCGGCGGCGGUGGUUCCGGUAUUGGAGGAGGAAGCAUGGGCGGCGGAGGCAUGGGCGGCGGAAGCGGCGGCGGUACCUGUAUCGGCGGAGGAAGUAUUGGUGGCGGAAGUAUUGGCGGCGGAAGUAUCGGUGGUGGCGGCGGUUCCUGUAUCGGCGGAGGAAGCGGCGGUGGCGGUGGACAAAUGGGAGGAGGUGGCCAGAGCUACCCCAUGCCUGUACAGCCCUGCAAACCAGUACACGGCAGGAAAUCCUAUGACUAACCAUUUGUCCUUUGUCGUCGCUCCAACUUCAAACCCACCAACUGGUCCCGCUGAUAUAGGAAGCGCACACCUGCCCCUGUGCCCCUUUCUGCUUGCUUGUUCCGUUCUUCAGAGGUCUUCCUUGCAGGAUGUGUCUUGCUUUAGCUUGUUAGUGGCCAAUACGUGACUUGUGUCAUUGAUGAGGGUUGUCUAAUAAAGCUCCAUUGCUGCUUGAUGCAAUCAGAAAAAACAACAA